CAUCGGCAUCGAAACCGUCUUCUCGCCCACGCUGGCAUUCCGAAUCCCUGUUCCUAUUCCAUUUACAGUAUUCCAUUUCGGAAUUCCUUCACCUGUUGCUUCGGUUGAUUGGUUGACUCAAUCCAUCCACUCCACUCUUCCUCUGAAAGAUCAGAUCACAUUAGCAUCGCGCGAUGAGCAACAGUAUUUCGAACGUCGAAGGCAACGGUGAGGUGGACGAUUCCAAGCCCCCGGCGAAAAUGCCAAAGGUGCAGCAAGCAGAAAAUAGUGCCGAACGAGCAGAAUCAACAACGCCGACGUCGUCUUCCGCGGCGACUCAGGGAAAUCAAAAUCAGAGCAAGCGACAACAAUGGGCCGACGAAGCCUUUCGAGCAACGACCAAACUACUUGAAGAUCUCCCGUCGGAAGGAGCUAGCUUUUUGGCUCCGAUGCCCUCGGUGGUGCCCUUGCACAACAUCACCAUUUCACCGGGGCGGGUGCGAAAUAGCAGCGGUAGCACGCCUCCCGGAACAACUAGCAGCAGUGGUGACAAUGACUUUCCCAGGGAAAGAAACGACGACAAUGGCAAUGGUCACACUAGCACCUCCGACAGUGCGGCCUCUGCCGGUGACGACGAAACCACCGCUUCCAGUCGCUCAGAACUCCACCGUGCUCUUGGAAUUGCAACCAGCGGCCUUCGGGUUCUCGAAAGCAACGAACUCGAGGGCAGCGCGAACCCGCUUCCUAAYCGCAGCCAACAAAAUCUUUAUCGGGGCCUAGAAAAUCUGGAAGAGCUCGACAAACUUGAGUCUCAAUUGCAGAUGAGAUCGCCUCUGACGACGAGCCUCACGACGAUUGCCACCGGAAACGACGUUUGCUACAGCAAUCCCCGCGCCGCCAUCAAUACCCUCGAGUCGCUCUCGAGGACCGUCCCUCGAAGGGUUUGUCAGCACCCUUUCAAAAAAAACGACAUUGUGUGGGUCUGCCGGACCUGCCAGGCCGACGAAACCUGCGUCCUCUGCCACGCCUGCUACAAGGGAUCGGACCACGAGGGCCAUGAUGUUGCCUUUUACCACGCCCAGGCCGGUGGCUGCUGCGAUUGCGGCGAUCCAGACGCCUGGGACCCCGCUGGCUUUUGCAGUAGACAUGGGCCAGCGGCCUCCGCGGCGUGGGAGGGCGCCGACUACAACGACGACGACGACGACACCCUGCGCAACCUGGGGCCGCUUAGCGGCAGCGUGAUUUUUCGGGUGCAGGGGGUGGUCCCGGCCGCAGUCGAUUGGAUGGUGAAGCACGUGGCGUCCGCGGCGGAGCUGGGAUUUGCGAGGGUAGAAGAGGAAGAGGGAAAAUCGACGCAAGCGGCCAAGCAGCAGCAACAAGAAUAUCAAGAACUACCCCGAUAUUUACAAUCGCGACGCGGAUUGCCACGGCUUUCGGAAAGUAGAGACGUCGUCAUGAAUGAUUUUAGCUCGAGAGUCCCAGCGCUACUACGGGAUACAGCAUUAUCGCCUUCCAAAACAACAACAGCAAAAACAAUAGCUAAGCCAUUGUCGGUAGGAGCAGGUCGUCGGAGGAUAUUUUCACCGUCUGCCGCUGGAAGAUCUCGCCCCCAUGAAGAAAAAGAAGAACCAUUGGCGAAGAAUGAAAUACUGGGGAUGCUCGCACGGCAAGAGGGCGGCCUCUAUUUGAUACUGAAGAAUGACGAAAUACACAACGACCGACAACUGUUUGAGGCAUUUCGUGAUCUAUUUGGAACCUCAAGCCUUUACACGCAGUCUACCUUGCGAAAGGUCGUUCAGGGGCUCAAGCAGUUUGGCCAGUUGGUCGUGUGGGGCACCACAGAACUGUUGUCGGAACUGACGCCGACCCAGGUCCGUUUGUGGCUAGACGGAGACCGGGUUGCCUCCGGUGUCAUGGGAUCCGCUAUGCUCCGUCGCGCCGAGAUUUUGAGUCGCACACAUGGACUCUUUUGUUGCAUUCUUACCCGUAGAGAACUUCAGCUAGAACAGAGAGCCGUAAAUGUGUUGCAGUGGCUGACGGGAUUGGCUCGAUCCUGUGAUCCGCUCUGCCAAAAAGUUGCAGAAUCGAUUUCCCCCGAUCGACACCUGGCGCCCUUGUUGCGGGCGGAUUUCAAGCUCAGCUCCCGUGUCACAAAAUAUUGGCACUCUCUCCUUUUGACGCUGCUUGCGGUUCCGACAUUCAAGUCACACCUGGCCGUAGCCUAUUGCGAUACAUAUCAAUCGGUGACAGCGGAAUAUGCCCGUGGGAUGGGCGUGUUGGAGAGGAGCGGGUACGCUCUAAGUGUGCAGUUCUUAAACCGUGUCACCUACGUAGUAGAUUUGGUACAGCGGCGCGAUCUACUGGGAAAAUUAGGGGCCAGUCUCUUUCAGACGCUGGAUGUAGCCGCGGUUCCCGUGGAUGAAGGAUCCGAUGCGAAGACUAGUGUUAGCCACAAUGCUCGCCGGCAACGACGACUGGAUCCCAAUCACUUCGUAAUGAUGAAUCGACGGUACUCUCCGUGCAUUUCGGACUUGAAGUGCGUUCUGAAUGUGAAAGGAAUGCCUCGGUUGUUUGCUUCGAAGUCAUCGCUAUUUUUGAAUGAUUGGAUCGCUGCGUUAGGAUUGGGACAGAUGAUGGAUUCGCAAGUCUGGAGAUGUUGGAGCCAGGGACACGUCGAGGUGGAACACCGCGGGUGGGUUGGUGCCUUCAAUGCUUCAAUUAGCCUUGGAUCGCUUUUUGAAAGACUCCUGAGUUGGGACGAUUCUGACCCAUCCCCCAUCCAGGAUCAGAAUUCUCCUAUGUCGAAAAAUCUCAUGACCUGUGUAGAAUUGACUCUGCAUGUGUUGACCACGGGAAUACACGAAUGGCAGAGUCUUGCAAUGAGCACGUAUACGCCCACUGCUCACGAUGGGUCGCGAAAACCCUAUGAGCAACGGUCAGCGAGCUUACCAUUUUCAACUAUUUCUGUUCAGAGGGGUUCUGUCCUGGCCUUUCGGGCACUUCCGGUAGCUCAAGUGACACCGUUCUCGUUCCAUCUUCCUCUCCACAGGUUUGUCGCAGCUUGCUUGCGUGAAGCGUGUUUACGAGAGUCCGGUAUUCGAGAUUUACGCAAGCUUUUAUCGAAAAAUCUGACAAGAGAAUUCCUAGAUGAACUUUUCAWCGGAUUGAUGGAAUUUCCACUUUUGGUAUUGUCUAGAGCUGCGCAAGUCCGUGCGGGAUUGUGGAGGCGAAAUGGAAACGGCCUGAGUGAUCAGGUACUAAAUUAUGCUGAGCCACCUUUUUGCCGGGCCAUGCGAGAUGCUGAUUUGCUUUUGAUCCAGUUUGCAAUGCUAGGCCGUAUCCAAAACCAGACCAAGGACCCCCGCCAUGAUUCCGAUGUAGGAGUUUGCUUUUUGGUUCAUCUUCUAUUGCAUCGGUUGGGACUUUUUGACUUUUGUGGUCUUGCAAAGGCCCCAGAUACCGAUGCCAAUCAAUAUUUGGAUGAAGUGGAAAAGGGUUUGUAUCCUGGGGAAAUGAAUUCAGAAGAUAUGGGAAAUGAUUCUGCGAUGCCUUCCACUUACUCCCCGGCACGGGAUUCAGCUUCUUGCUUGCUUUUGUUGGAAGAAUUUCUGCAUGCUAUGAUUAUUAUCUGCAAAGAACUUCCUCCUGCGCCACCUUCCGACAAGACAGCACAUACUGCUCAGGCAAARUGGAGAUUGAAGCGUGAGGUCAUUCACCGCUUGGCAUCUGGACCCAAGACUCACAGUGAAAUGGCGGAAGUUCAUCAUGUGCUAAGUCACUGGGAUAACGUAUACCUCAGCGAAGAGGGGAAAUUGGUGAAUCCAGAUGAUGCGACAGGUGCAGCUCUUGGUGUUGUGUUGGGAGAAGUAGCGAAUCGAAAAAUAUCUCGAAGAACAAACGAACCUCAUAAGUGGGAAUUGAAUCGGGAAGCCUGGGAAUCAUACGAUCCGAGUUUCUAUCACAUCAAUCUUCGAAAUCACCAGACUGCGGCGGAAUCACGACCUGCUUUCCCUGCAGACAAUAAGUUUCGAGUGAAGCCCAAGCCGUUUUGCCCUUCAUUAUUUGAAUCACAUCGUGACUUUGUUCGUCUGAGAAGAGAUGUCACUUCCGAUGCCACAAUUCUUGCCAUAACAUACCGAACUCUACAUAUGCACAUUCGAGAUAGCAAGAAAGCAGAAAAGRCAUCUGAGUUGCGGGGUGCCAUAGCAUAUGAAGAAGAUGAUAAAAGUGAGACAGCUGUUGCCCGUGCUGUGCAUUUACUAACACUUGGAGCAUACGCCUGGCAGGAUGCUUCCAGUGGAGACAAAAACUGGCGAAGAAACGGGGGAGGGUCUGUUGGGAGCAUUUUCUUUGAUCGUAGCGAUAACAUUGCCGCUCCCACCGCUAAAGAAUGGAUUGCUGCCGCCAUCAUGACGAGUCCUAAUAUUCAACAAGCUUCCGAAUGGUACGAGGGGGAAGAGAAUUGCUUACRACUACUUCGCCGACUUGCUGUUGAUGGUGGUUAUGAUGGUUGUUUUUUCGCACAGGAUCGAGCUGUGCAAGCUGGAGCAGCUUGGUUAUGUGAGUUUGCUGCAAGAUAUGAUAGCGAAGCUAGUAAGUUGGUUUACUUCGAGGAGUCAGCUGAUUGCAUAGAUGAUAGUGAGAAACAAGAAACAGAACUAGAAAAACGCAAACGAGUUGCGAAGGAAAAGGCAAUGGAAAGGAUGAAAGCACAGGCCGCAAAAUUUGCGUUUGCAAUGCAAGAAGAAUUGGGUGACGGGGAUGAAAAAGAAGAACCUGGAACAGAUAAAUUGCUUGAAGACACAUCAAUGUCUUCCGUACCCCAUCAGUCUAGCAUAAUCUUGGGAACGAGUAUGAGAUCAUUGACAGACUCCGAUAAGUCGCCAUCUAUUGCUUCAUCUAGUGGAGUUCAACAAAGAGCUGAUGAACUCCAAAUUCCAAUGAGGCUUCUUAAGGCUCGACCACAAUGCAUAAUAUGCAGCGAUGAUAGUAAUGCUGAGAAGAGAACAAAAGAACGGGAAGAAUUGGGAAAUCGACACAGUCGUCGAAGACGUAAUAAUGGUGGUAACGCCCUAGCCUUUGUGGGCUACACACAAGCAAGUACUGUAAUGAAAGGUGGAGGAGGUCCACCUCCCAUUAGUGGGGACACGUGUUCGUUUGUACCAGUCAGACGUUUUGUCGGAGCUCAUGUGGCAUUAUGUGGCCAUGCAAUCCAUAGUGAAUGUUGGGAAUCUUAUCUUCAUACAGUUUCUCGCCGAGAAGAGAGACGUGUUUCAAAGAGAGACGAGUUUCGAUGCCCCCUUUGUCAAAGGUUGAGUAAUUGUCUGAUCCCAUUCAUUGAUGUAGGCGCAGACUGGGUCGACCCUGUGUGUACAAGAAAUAAUUCAGCACCAAUGGAAUUAACAAAACUCAAAACUGAAGAUAUGGAAGAUGAGAUGUCAUGUGAGUCAAUGGAAGUAGUGGGACCCUCGUCAUCCCAACAGUUUCUAGACGCAACACCAUGGUGGGUCUCUCGCCAUACUGACUCUAUUACUUGGGACGGCCAAUGCGCUUUUGUUUCCAAUACAGCUAAGCAAGAAUACAAAACUGACAUAAGUGCGAUACCUCGUCGUCGAAGUGUGAGAGCCUUGCGAAAAAAGGAUCUUUAUGCGGCCUGGAACGCAAUGAUGAAAACACCAAGGUUUGUCAGACGCAAACUUCGCUCGAGGUCAGAUAGCAACUCUACUAAUAUAGUUGCCCAGCAUACCAGUUUAGAUGAUCCAAAUGCUUCGCACUUAUCAUCGACAGAUACAGCCGCGGAGACUGUUGUAUGGAGAAGAUUUAUGGACCAGGUCAGCGAUAUUACGUACAAAGCCGACGGAAAGAGAUUGGGGGACGAAAAUCUUCAUCGAGACUUCGGAGAAUUCAGGCAUUACAUCGUUGAAAAGUAUUCCUACAAUUUGGCGAAUAAAUUUGCAAACAAGGAACCAUUGGAUGUAAGUUUUCAUAUUGACUAUUGCUUGAGGASUUUGCCUCAAAAGUCCUGAUAUGAUUCUCAAAUACAAUUUCUUUUUGUUAGUGGCCAUCGUGUGUUUUUCCAACCGCACUGUAUGAUACACAGCGCCAGGAACUUUCUAGAGAAAAACUACUGUCAAAAUUAAUGAUGUCCAUACAAAGUUUGACCUACAGUGUUUGUUGCGAAGCAAACGAAGCCCGACGCCUGACAAAGCAAGCCAAAAUGAAGGCUGCCAAGUACGCUGGGUCAGCAUCAUCGCCAGAUACUAGAAGCACUAAUGCAAUAUUCUCAAGAUACGGCAUUGCUGAUAUUUUGUGUAAUGGACAGCUCAUUAUAUUACCUCAGCCUAAUGCAACAGAAGACGAUGGUUUUCAACCUUUCAACGGAAGGCUAGGUCGAUUGAGGUAUUUAGGUCUUGCAGUGAUGGCAACUGCCGGUCCAGUGGCGGCAGACCUUGUCCAGCUCGUAAUAGGCUUUCCGUUGCAAACACCAAAUAACGUACCAACUGAGCCAUACCGAUCGCCUAUCGUUUACCCCAUUUUGUUGGGAAAUAUUUUAACCCAUGUGGUUGCAGCAAUGUGUGCCUCUGGAGGGAGAGCCAGAGCAAUUAGCGAUUCCUUGGAAGUUGCAUGGCCGAUUCCUUUCUCAAGCAGAGGCAGCUUUAUUCAUGGAAAGAGUGCUGAUUCUAUGAUCGACGACGCAGAGGGUUUCGUUAAGCUCGGUCUUUUAGCACGAGUUCUACAAGUGUUGCUUGGAACCAUUGGCAUUCUAAACGCAGAMGCAGAGUAUGCAGUUUUGGAAACCAUUCAAAAAAUGCGUGCUGGUCUUACUCAGGGAAGUUCAGCUGAGAGUAUCUGGACUGUAAAUUGCGUUACUCUUCUGGAGAUGGCACUUUCUAAACACCAGCAGUCUAGUGAAGUCGGAGAAGGAUUGCAUUCUGACGCAAGUAUUGCCAACAGAAUUGAAAAGGGGUGUUUCUUGGCAGCUCGGGCUGCGUGUUCGUUCUUCGCAGACAUAGGAAUCAUUUUGCAACUCUUAGUCCCAGGCAUAAUGGCACGAUAUAUGAGUUCAGCAACUUUAAAUGAAAAAGUCGAUGGUAACAAUAAUAUGUUCGCUACUUUGACAGAGCUCCAUGCAUUCUUCGGAAUUGAACCUAUUUCGGAAAUUCUUGAAUCUGAGGCUAUCAGUAACGUUGUAUCAAACUGGUACGACACAGCACGGAGUCACCACAAUUAUGCAAAAUCAUUGACCGCCGCCAAAAUAAAGAGGACAGGAGCAAUGAUUACCAGUAGACUCUUCGAAACGCAGGGUUUUCGAGUAUAUGAUUGGCCUAUGGAGUCAUGCCAUGACGUUGGAGAACCAAAUCAAACUGAAAGAAGUUUGAAAGAAAAAGACACCACUAGGUCCAAAGAAAAAGUUGAAGGGACACCUAUGGAAAUCGAUCUGCCAGUAGAGCCUACUAAUCCCACUGCUCGACCUCAAGCACCGCCGCCUUUGGUUUCGUUUAGCUCAAAGAAGAGUGUAGAAUUAAUCGGUGGUUACAGUUCGAAAUUAGCUCCCAUGACGAGUAAAAGGCGCCCACGAAUAUCAAUGGUACCAACAUCCUAUACUGACUUGUAUGCGGAGCUCAGUCAGUUGCUACCUGAUAGCGAGCAAACAGCUGUUUGUCUUGUUUGUGGAGAAGUGAUGAAUGCAGGAGGCAGGGGAGAAUGUACAAGGCAUUCGAAUCAGUGUGGAGCUGGAGCGGGUAUGUUCUUCCUUUUGCAAGAAUGUGCCGGCUUGAUAAUGCACAACGGAAAGGCAGCAUAUAUCCACAGUCCGUACGUGGAUAGUCACGGAGAAACUCCGCAAUACAGAGGACGUCCAUUGAAUUUGGAUCUUGAUCGUUACGAUGAUUUGCAUGAAAUUUGGUCUGGGCAUUCAAUCCGUCAACAAGUCUUAGCUGAACGUGAAAGCUCCCGUCAAAUUAUUGUUGAUGGAUUUUACUAAAAUUUMAUCUAAUAUAAAAUUCUUUUUGCCACCGUCACAUUAAAGCUCGUUGUGCGGUACAUGAAUAGAGUUCAUGAAAUAAU